AUGAACUCCCCUAUCCGCGCCUCUCAUGAUGACUCUACGUCGGCAUGCACCGAAGUUUGCAACGAAAAGACAAACUCUGACACUGAAACCGAGGACUUGGAAGAAAACAUCAACGAAGAAAUGCUGGAGCUAGCACGUCGCCUCACCACCCAGUCUCAAGCAGCUCCUGGAACUCUCUUUCCUCAAUUGGACGGACCGUUGAACCCCAAAAGCCCAGACUUUAACGCAAAGAAAUGGGCCAAGGCAUUUUACGAACUGCGGACCGACACCUCAGCGGGAAACCCACCAAGAACGACGGGUGUGGCGUUUAGGAACCUGAAUGUGUUUGGGUUUGGCACGGAUACAGAUUUUCAAAAGAGCGUGGGCAACAUCUUUCUUGAAGCUGGCACGAUAGCCAAGAAGCUUCUACACGACAAGCAGAGGAGGGUGGAUAUCUUGCAGGAUCUGGAGGGGUUGCUGCAUAGUGGUGAGAUGCUUGCUGUGCUGGGACCCCCUGGUUCUGGUUGUUCGACCUUUCUCAAGACGAUUGCCGGCGAUACACACGGUUUCCAUAUCGACGAUGGUUCUGAGAUAAACUAUUCCGGUAUUCGGCCCGAAGAGAUGAGGUCGGCAUUCCGAGGUGAAUCCAUCUACACGGCUGAAGUCGACCAUCACUUUGCACACCUCACGGUUGGCGACACUCUCUACUUCGCUGCUCGAGCACGAUGUCCCAAGAAUAUCCCCGAGGGUAUUACGCGCCACGAAUACGCCGAGCACCUACGAGACGUCACCAUGGCCAUGUUUGGCAUCUCGCACACCAAGAACACGCGGGUGGGUGACGACUUUGUCAGGGGCGUCAGUGGUGGCGAAAGGAAGCGCGUGACUAUCGCCGAGGCGGCGCUGAGUUAUUCACCACUUCAAUGCUGGGAUAACAGCACGAGAGGACUUGAUAGUGCUAAUGCGCUCGAGUUUUGUCGGACCUUGAGAACGCAGGCUGAUGUGAUUGGGUGCACUUCUGCUGUUGCUAUCUACCAGGCGUCUCAGGAUGCUUAUGAUGUCUUUGACAAGGUUCUCGUCUUGUAUCAAGGACGGCAGAUCUUCUUUGGCAAGACGAGUGAAGCCAAGACUUACUUCGAAGGCCUGGGCUUUAUCUGUCCUGAACAGCAAACCACGGCAGAUUUCCUGACCUCGAUGACAAGCCAUCAAGAACGAGUCAUCCAACCCGACUACGAAGGAAAAGCCCCACGAUCACCUGACGAAUUCGCCCAAGCUUGGAAGAACAGCAACCACAGAAGACGUCUUCUGGCCGAGAUGGAUGACUAUCUCGAGCAGCACCCCUUUGGAGGCGAGCACUACGAAAAGUUUGUCAUGUCUCGCAAGAUGGACCAGUCCAAGGCCCAGCGACUCAAUUCGCCCUUCACUCUGUCUUAUAUGGAGCAGAUGCGUCUCACGCUCGGUCGUAGUUGGGUGAUGCUCAAGGCAGAUCCUAGCGUGACGAUAACGCUCCUGUGCUGCAACCUGGUUGAGUCUCUCGUCAUUUCCAGUAUCUUUUACAACCUUCCAGAGAACACGGGGGCCUUCUUCAAGCGUGGACUACUUAUCUUCUUCAUCCUCUUGAUGAACGCGUACAACAACAUCCUCGAGAUCAUGACUCUCUACGCAAAGAGAAACAUUGUCGAAAAACACGCCCGCUACGCCCUGUACCAUCCAAGCGCCGAGGCUUUGUCGUCUAUGGUGGUGGAUUUGCCGUACAAGAUCUUCAACACCAUCAUGAUGAACACGACCAUGUACUUUAUGGGUAACCUUCGUCGAGACCCGGGACAUUUCUUCUUCUUUCUUCUCUUCUCCUUUACCAUCACGAUGAGCUUCUCGAUGCUGUUUCGACUGAUUGCGUCUCUGACAAAGACCAUCGCAGCGGCACUGGCUCGAGCUUCUAUCUUACUCCUGGUUAUUGCCUUGUACACUGGAUUUGCUAUCCCACCGCAGUACAUGCCUGUUUGGAUCGGAUGGAUUCGCUGGGUGAAUCCGACCUUUUACGGACUCGAGAGUCUCUUCAUCAACGAGUACGGUGGAAGAGAGUAUCCUUGUUCAAACUUUGUGCCAGAUGGACCUGAAUAUGGGGAUGUUUCACCACUGUCGCGAGCCUGCAAUGUCCAAGGGUCAGUGCCAGGAGAGAGCUUUGUCCGUGGAUCUAAUUACAUCUCCUCAACGUAUGGUUACAACGACUCUCACAAGUGGCGCAACUUUGCUGUUGUCAUUGCUUUUACAGUCCUGUUCAUGGGUCUUCACUUGUUGGCCACCGAGACGAUUGCCUCGGAGAGGUCCAAGGGCGAGGUCUUGGUGUUUACGCGAAAGGGGAUCAAGAAGCACUCUCCCAAGAUUUGUGAAGAUGAGGAAGCAGGCAGUCAUGGAAAGCCGCAGCAGAACCACAACGACGACUCUGGGGAGGUUACCGAUGUGGAAAAGCAGACGUCCGUCUUUCACUGGAGGGAUGUGUGCUAUGAUAUCAAAAUCAAGGGAGAGCCACGGAGGAUUCUGGAUCACGUUGAUGGUUGGGUCAAGCCCGGGACUCUGACUGCUUUGAUGGGAGCUUCAGGAGCCGGAAAAACCACUCUACUUGAUGUUCUCGCCAGUCGAGUCACAAUGGGUGUCGUCACUGGAGACAUGCUCGUUGACGGAAAGCUACGCGAUGAAUCAUUCCAACGCAAGACAGGCUACAUCCAGCAACAGGAUCUUCACGUCCAUACCCAAACUGUCAGGGAAGCCCUCAACUUCAGCGCCCUUCUUCGUCAACCUGCGAGAUACACCCGAAAGGAGAAGCUAGACUAUGUGGACACCGUCAUCAGCCUCCUCGACAUGCAAGAGUACUCGGAUGCCAUCAUCGGCGUGCCAGGGGAGGGUCUCAACGUUGAACAACGCAAGCGGCUUACUAUUGGAGUUGAAUUAGCUGCACGACCACAACUGCUCCUGUUCCUAGACGAACCGACUUCUGGUCUUGAUAGUCAGACGUCUUGGUCUAUCUGCAACCUGAUGGAAAAGUUGACCAAGAAUGGCCAGGCCAUCUUGUGUACGAUCCAUCAACCAUCGGCUAUGCUCUUUCAACGGUUCGACCGCUUGCUGUUGCUGUCUCGUGGAAAGACUAUCUACUUUGGAGACGUUGGAAGAAACUCCAAGGUCCUUGUCGACUACUUUGUCCGCAACGGAGGACCAAAGUGUCCGGUUGGAGCGAACCCGGCUGAGUAUAUGCUUGAAGUUAUUGGUGCUGCGCCAGGAGCUCACACGGACAUUGACUGGCCUGAGGUUUGGCGGAACUCUCCGGAGCACACACAAGUUCAAGAGGAGCUCGGUCGGCUUGUUGCUGAAGGAAACCCGCACGUUCUUGGAAGUGCGACGGAUGUGACAGAGUACAACGAGUUUGCUGCGCCUUCCAAGGUGCAGUAUCUCGAGGUCACCAAGAGGUUGUUCCAACAGUACUGGCGCAGCCCUGGAUACAUCUACUCCAAGGUCAUCCUGUCAGCUGGUGCAUCUCUCUUCAUUGGAUUGUCGUUCCUGAACGGCAAGAACACGGAGCGAGGCCUCCAGAAUCAGAUGUUUGGCGUCAUGAUCUUCCUUACCAUCUUUACUCAGAUUGUCCAGCAGAUGCUACCUGAUUUUGUGGCCCAGCGGACAAUGUACGAAGCCCGAGAGCGUCCUUCAAAGACGUAUUCUUGGAAGGCUUUCUUGGUGUCGACCAUUCUGGUGGAAGCCGCUUGGAACUCGUUGAUGGCUGUACUUUCAUUCGUUUGUUGGUACUUCCCAACUGGAAUGUAUCGCAAUGGUUACGCGACUGAUGCGGUUGAUGGCCGAAACGUAACCAUGUUUCUACAUGUCUGGAUGUUCUUCAUGUUUACGAGCACCUUUGCGCACAUGAUCAUUGCGGGUUUCGAGACUGCAGAAGUUGCUGGUGGGCUUGUGACUUUGAUCAUGAUCAUGAUCUUCUCUUUCUGCGGUAUUUUGGCAUCACCAGAGGACCUCCCAGGCUUCUGGAUCUUCAUGUACCGUCUCUCACCUUUCACCUACGUAGUGGAAGGCCUCAUGGGAACGUCAAUGGCCAACGCAGAAGCAAGCUGCGAGCCAAACGAACUAAUCAAGUUCGACGCCCCCAACGGCACCACAUGCGGCGACUACCUGAAGACAUACCUCUCAGACGUUGGCGGCUACGUCACGAAUCCGCAGGCAGGCGAUGGUGCUGCUUGCGAGUACUGCACCAUUUCCGACACAAACACCUUCUUGGAGGGCAUGAGCAUGAGCUUUGAUCAUCGGUGGAGGAACUUUGGCAUCAUGUGGGGUUAUUGCAUUUUCAACAUUGCGGCGGCGUUGGGCAUUUAUUGGCUUGCUAGGGUUCCAAAGAACAAAAAGGCGAAGAGGGAAUAG